AUGCAUAAAUAUGUUCGACACACUUUCCGACUGUUUCAUAACGGCGCCAGUGCUCGCUCUUACGAAAACAGGGAUUUGGUAACGCGUAACGGUACAAACAGAUACAAAUUUGCAAAACUCGAGUUGAAGAACGUGGAAACUCAAAUAAACAGCGUGCGGAACAAAAUGAACAGCAUGCGGAACGAAAUAAACGUAAAAGUUGACACCGUAAACGCAAAUGUUGACAGCAUACGGAAGGAGGUGAACGUAAAAGUUGACAGCUUACGGAAUAAAAUGAGCAGCAUGCGAGAGGAAAUGAAUGCAAAAUUUAAAACCGUAAACGCAAAUGUUGACGGCAUGCGGGUGGAAAUGAACGCAAACUUUAAAACCGUAGACGAGAAAAUCAAUAGUAACAUAAACAGAGCGAUAUUCAAAGCUGUAAUACUUAUGGGUACGAUAACGAGUGGCAUAAUCGGCCUGUCAACGAAGUUUGGUUGGGCAAUAACUUUCAACAUUAUCACUCCCGAACCAUCCCCUCAACCGUCUCGACAACCACCUACCGCGAGUCAAAGUAAACAUUGA